CUCAUGUGUUUGUGGGCAUCAGCUGUCCUCAGUGCUGAAUAGAGCAAGGGCAUCUUUUCCUUCACGUCAAUGGGAUUAGAAGAAGAAAUGGUCCCUUUUACUCUGCUGGCUGUCAUGUCGGUGCCCAGGAGACGGAGUGGAAAUGCAGCAUGAGCAAAUGACAGGAGCAUAAGUCAUAAGUUUGGAUUUCAAAGUUGAUCGGUUUUUAAUGUUUCAUCCAAAAAAAGAAAUGUGCUUCACGCCUCGAGGGAGUUGUGCAAAUAAUCCAAGGCUGCAGGCUGAGAAACAGCGUCCUGUACUGUUAGUCUGAAUCCGGGGGUCAGAUUGAAGACUGCCCACAGCUUCACAAUGGAACCUCAGUCUGCUCCAUUCACCGCCGAUGUCACGUCUCCAAAACUUGGCGGGCACAACUUGAGGCGAGUCAGUCGCACGGAGGACAGCAGUCCCUUCCCGAUCCCCGGCUUGGCCGCAGACAUCCUGCACAUGAGAGUGAAAGAAGGCAGCAAGAUCCGCAAUCUACUGCGACUCGCAGCCGCCCGCAUGCAGGGAGACAGAGGAGGGACCUGCGGGACGCCGCCCAGGCAGGUGGUCUUCAGUGGCUCUGGGAGGGGGCUCACCAAGACCAUCACCUGCGUGGAGAUUCUGAAGCGUAGAGUGGGAGGUCUGCACCAGGUGUCGAAACUCUACUACAAAACACUGAGCGAGGUUUGGGAGAAUCGAGGGGAAUCAAAUACGACUGUGCAGAGGACAGUCCCUGCCAUCUGCAUCCUGCUCUCCAAAGACCCCCUGGAUCCCCAGGAGCCUGGAUACCAACCCCCACAAGCCCCGGGCGUCCCCGCAGAGGACACAGAGACGCGGAGAGCUGUGGUUAGGCCGGACCUCAGUCCCUCCUCACAGCUCCCAUCCAAGAGAGUCUGUCGGGAUGACAUGCUGGGUGUUUGUUCCUUUUGAACGUCCAGAGUCUGAUAUUACUGCAAGUAUUUCUAAAACAACUGGAACCUGAGACAGCCUCACUUGUUUUAUUAUGAUGGUUUAGCAGGAUCAUAUUUGAAUACCAUAUGUGCAUGAUAUCCAUAUUUUAUGAAUUUACUUACUCCACUACAUUUAUUUAAUUGCUAAAUUUUCAAAAAAUAGUAAAUAAAGACAAAUAUUGCUUAACUGUUACUAUCCAGAGCUUAACUGUUAAAAUAUUAACAGAAAAUAGCUUUUUGCACAUAGCGCAUGAUCCAUUUAGUACAUAAAGUAUAGAUUAAAUGGUUUUGGACUUUUAUUGAGGUACCACCAUUAAAUACCAGACAUGUCUUCAAUAUCUUGUCUUGUUGUUAUAGUUAUGUAUAAAAAAUCAUUUUAAUACUUCAUCUCCCACAGUUUGUUUGUAGGAAAUAUUUACAUUGAAUGUGAUUUAAUGUAUUUAUUUAUUUAUUUAUUUAUAUUAAACGAUCUAAGGAAAAUUUUCGGAGGGAACAGAUUUGUAAAUGCUUGAAUAUUCUAUCUAUUUAAUGCAAGAACAAGAUAUGAAUAUUUUUGGUUAUAAUACAAAUGUUAUUUAUGGAGCACAGGCCAAACACGUGUUUAAAUCACGCAUUCAAUGAGAGUAGGCCUGUAUUCCAAGCAAGCGCUUCUAUUUCCCAUGUGACAUUUAACUGUGUAAUAAAGUACAUACAUGUGAAGAA